AUGGAAAAUUGGCUCAAAAAUCAAAUAUUUUUCAAUAACAAACCGAAAAAAAUCAUAAUCAGAUCAAGCAAAAGAGCUCUUACAUUUUCAUCAAAUUUAGGGCAUAAAUCGAAUAAAUUAAUAAGCAAGGGCAUUGAUUUCCACUACUCAAAAAUGCUUCUUCCAAUUUCUCAAUCUGUAAACAACCCUUAUAAAUUUUUUAAAAAAAAAUUACCCAAAAAAAAGAGCCUGAUUAUGAUAAGCACAACGAAUUUAUCCACAAAAGUAUGACUUUGAAUUUAA